AUGCUGCCCCAUCGUUCUGCUGUGGAAGAACUCGACGCCACACAAGUCAGCCUGUUCCUCCGUCCAUCCAAAACUCCUGCAUCUCAAUCUGAGCGGGUCGCCAGCUUACAAUUGUUGUUGGCAGCACAUGACCCCAACAUCUGGUCUGAUGACUCUACUAUCUCGGUUUUAGAAGCAAUACGACAGCCACGAUACGAGAUUGCCCAGUUCGUCAUCAACGAUACAAUCGCUGCUCUUGUUCUUGGUACUCCACCAUUACUUCAUUACGACUCUACACUCGUAUGGACUGCCGAACCUCCGUUUCACUACGAGCUGGUGUACGGAUUUCCAAUCGGAAUUCUCUUGUUUUUUGCUAAGGCUAAUGCCUGGAGGGCGUCCCAGUUAAUGAAACAAGGGUCUCCCUACCAGGGUGAAUGGAGUGACUUGGAGGAGCAACUGGACAGCUGGAACCCAACUAUAGAUUACACCGAUUGUCCUCGCAGCAGUAUCAACAGGUUCGCGAUUCAAGAAGCUUGGCGUCAAGCAGCUAAAAUAUACCUAUACAUGGGAGUAAAAAACGUCAACUCGUCUGACCUUCGAGUAGAAUCAGCGGUGCGACAAAUUGUUCAGCUGGAGUCCGUCCCCAAGGGCAAUCCACAAAAGACACAUUUCCUAGUACCUUGUCUCCUCGCUGGAAUUGCAGCUCGCCAGGAGAAGCAUCGCACUGCUUUACGAAGCAGUGUCUCUGACCAAGGGCCUUUGAAGAUAAAUACAUUAAUGUUGCGUGGACCAGAUUUUGUGCCCGUUCUGGAUCAUCUUUGGCAUGGUGUUGGAUCCCAAGGAAAUCCAGUCACAUGGGAAGACUACGUGCAAUCCCGCUGCAGUGUUUUGCCCAUUUAA